GGCAUGUCGGGAGUGGUUGUGCACAGUUGGCAGCUGCAGGUGAAGCAGAUCUGGGGUCGCGGCUGGGAGAUCCCGUGAAGCGAUUACCGCAGUCGCUGGAUCCGCUCUUUGCCUUGGUAAAGGCAGGUUUCUUUGCAAGAGUUUUGGAAGUUGCUGUUGACAUAUCUUCAAGCUCACUGCUGCUUUUCUGGGUCAUAUCCACAUUGUUGAGCCCAUCAAAGGACUUGAAUUUGUUAAAAUGAGCAGUCGUAAAUUGAAGAAUACCAACUUAAUACAUGCUGAGAGCCUUUCACAGGUACAAAGAAUUUUACGUGAAAGGUUUUGUCAUCAGAGCCCACAUAGUAACCUAUUUGGAGUGCAAGUACAAUACAAACACUUAAUUGAACUGCUAAAAAGAACUGCUAUCCAUGGAGAAAGUAACUCUGUUCUCAUUAUUGGACCCCGAGGAUCAGGGAAGACUAUGUUAAUAAAUCAUGCUUUGAAAGAACUCAUGGAAAUAGAAGAAGUGAGUGGAAAUGUAUUACAAGUUCACCUAAAUGGGCUGCUGCAGAUCAAUGAUAAAAUUGCCCUAACGGAAAUCACAAGACAAUUAAAUCUGGAAAAUGUAGUUGGUGACAAAGUUUUUGGGAGCUUUGCCGAAAACCUUUCAUUUCUUCUGGAAGCUUUAAAAAGGGGUGACCGGACUAGCAGUUGCCCAGUGAUCUUCGUAUUAGAUGAAUUUGAUCUUUUUGCUCAUCAUAAAAACCAAACACUACUCUAUAAUCUUUUUGAUAUUUCUCAAUCUGCACAGACUCCAGUAGCAGUUAUUGGUCUCACAUGUAGAUUGGAUAUCUUGGAACUCUUAGAAAAAAGAGUGAAGUCACGAUUUUCUCAUCGGCAGAUUCACUUGAUGAAUUCAUUUGGCUUUCCACAAUAUGUUAAAAUCUUUAAAGAGCAAUUAUCUCUGCCUGCAGGAUUUCCAGACAAGCUUUUUAGUGAGAAGUGGAAUGAGAAUGUUCAGAGCCUCUCAGAAGAUAGAAGUGUGCGAGAAGUACUACAGAAGCAUUUCAAUGUUAGCAAAAACCUGCGGUCAUUACACAUGCUAUUGAUGCUUGCUGUAAACCGAGUGUCAGCAGCACACCCACUUAUGACUGCAGCAGAUCUGGUGGAGGCACAUCAGCUGUGCAGCAUGGACUCUAAAGCAAAUAUUGUACAUGGUCUGUCAGUCUUGGAAAUCUGUCUUAUAAUAGCAAUGAAACAUUUAAAUGACAUCUAUGAAGAGGAACCAUUUAAUUUUCAAAUGGUCUAUAAUGAGUUUCAGAAGUUUGUUCAAAGGAAGGCGCAUUCUGUUUAUAAUUUUGAGAAACCUGUUGUCAUGAAGGCUUUUGAACACUUGCAACAAUUAGAACUAAUAAAGCCUAUGGAAAGAACUUCAGUAAAUUCACAGAGAGAGUACCAGCUGAUGAAACUACUUUUGGAUAAUACUCAAAUCAUGAACGCCUUGCAAAAAUACCCCAACUGUCCCACGGAUGUUAGGCAGUGGGCAACAUCCUCACUAAGCUGGUUAUGAUAUAACCAGUGACUUCAGUUUUGGGGUUUCCGGAAUAUGUCCCUAAGGAACUAGAAAUUAUUGUUCUGUAAGAAGAUAUGUUAUUACAUGUUUUUAUUUAUAAACAUUUUUGUAUUUGCAGAAAACUGUUAUAAAUAUAGUUAUUUUGGCUGUGUCUUACCUUUAAAUCAUGAGCAGUUACAUAAUUUAUAAUUCCAGUGACUGGUUUAGAUUAUGUUGUUCAGCAGCAGUUCAAAAGGAUAAAAUGUGACUGUUUUAGGGAUUGGACCAUAUGCCCGUUGAACACUUGUGAGGUAUUAAUGUGGUCCAUCUGAAGAGUUCACUUCAACCUACUGUAUAGAUGUUUUUUUUGUUUUGUUUUUAAGAGAGAUUUUUUUUGCUACAGGAUGAGCUUGCUCACUGGAAAGCCAGACAAAAAGCAAGAAAUCACGCCCCAGAGGGUUGGCCACGCCUGAAUCCCUUCUCCAUUUUCCUCUCGGGAUUAUGGGCACACACGUACAUGUGUUUGGCAGGAGUUUUAAGCCAUGUAAGGGUGCUGCAUUUUUAUUUUCUGCAAAUUCUGGAUAUAUAUUCUAGACCAGGUCUUCUAAUUUAGGAUACUGACCAGUUUAGCUAGAGGAUGAUUCUCAUAGAAAGGCAAGGUGUUUGAAUAUUUCUCUUCCAGACUUCUUAAAAUACGAUACUCAUUCUAUGUACUUGAGAAUCCUCUGCACGAUUUAUUUAAUGCAGAUUCUUGAGCCUACCCUAAGCCAAAAGGACCAGAAUUGGCCACA